UCGGGAGUCGUAGUCUCUCAACCAAAGGACAACCAUUGGGGUAUGGCGCGGCACUCAGGUUUUCCUGACUUCAUUUCCCACAUGUCCUUGCGGGGACGGGUAAACGCUGAUCUCUCGGGCUGGGCUAGAAUGCUGCCCUUGGGAAGGGAAGGUCCUGAUGACGAUGCGGAAGACGCCGUGGUAGCUCCGCCGGGGAGCCACAGAGAAGAAACACAGAUGGAUGCCUUGCCCAUCACACCAGGAGAGCUAGUUUGUUUGGGUUCCAGCCUGGCUUUCUCUGGCCUUUUCUAUUACCUGCACAGGAGGAAGGCUAAGGUGGUGGCCAAUAUUCAGGAGGCACCAAAGCUCCAAGUCAGUGACAGCCUUCCCAGCAUUCUCUCUGCUACGAGUGGCAGCUGCCUGCGCUAUGUUGCCAUUGAAGGGGUGGUCCAGCCAGCUGAGUCUGCUCUGACCAGCCCAUACCACAAGGAGCUGCAGGGAGUGAUUGAAAGGCUGGUGCUAAAGGAACAUCGGCUGGUCUGGAACAGCUUGGCCCGGAGUUGGACCGACAGUGAGCGGGUGGUGCUGGAGCAGGUGCACACGGUGCCCUUUGUCCUGACCCCUCCCAGCGGCAGCCCCGCCGGGGGCCAGGUGAGCGUGGAGUCCCCCCUCAGCGCCCUUGAGCUGCCCUUGGAGACGGUGUACGAGCGCUUCCAGCAGACCUCCCACGGCUUCAAGGACCUGGUCGGCCACUACCUCAGCGGGGAGAAGCCCAAGGGCUUCCUGGAGACCGAAGAGAUGCUCCUGGUGGGCAGCAGCCUCACCGGCAUCGGGGAGCUGGCCCUGCGCCCGGACGGCUCCCUCCACCUGCAGCCCCCGGCGGACGGCGCCGGCUACUUCCUGCGCCUGGGGGACUGGCAGACGCUGCUGGCGGAGCUGGAGUCGGCUAGCAGCUUCUGGAAGUGGGCCGCGGCGCUCGGCGGCCUGGCGGCUGGUGCCGUCCUCCUGCACGCCCUCCACCGGGCCUACCGGCGCCGCCGGCUGAAGCAGGAGGCAGCGGCGGAGCGGCAGGCCUUCGACGACCUCCGCCUGCAUAAGCCCUCUGCCCUGGACCUAUCCGACGAGCCCCCCGAGCACACCUGCAUCAUCUGCCUCACCAACCUCCGCGAGUGCGUCCUCCUGCCCUGCGGCCACGUCUGCUGCUGCUUCAGCUGCUUCCAGGCCCUGCCCAGCCGCUGCUGCCCCAUCUGCAGGGGGCCCAUCUCCCGCGUGGUCCCCCUUUAUCAGGCCUGACGGAGCAGCCGGGGCGAGGUUGGGACGCCCGCUCAGCCCGUGGCACCGCCAGCGCAGCGUGCGAGGGGCUGACAGGACGGAGGGGGCGGCCACAUGGCGGGCGCGCCAGUUCUGGGGGUUGGGGGGAGGGCUGCAAGCUCGGCCCCCUUGCUCAAGGCUGGCGGAUGGGGCGCUGCCCCCGCCCUGCCCCUCUCAUUGACGGGAGGGGGUUGGCCUGGCCGUGAAGCUCCGCUGGGCCGAAGGGUGUGCCGAGGAGUGCUGUGUUGAUCAGUUUUGUUUUUUGCCAAGUCCUAGAGCUGCUCCAGCCGCCUUUGUGUGCAAGCGGGGAACAGGAAACCCCAGUAGGAGUCGGCGAGUCACACAGAUACAUGGCGCAUGAUGCAGGUCCUGACCCCGGGCUCACGUUUCCUGCACAUGGCCUCCUGCAGUCUGGGCAGAGUUCCUUUCUGAGCCUGACUUGCCACACUGGGUUGGCGUUUCCUAGUCUUGGUGUUUGGCCUUUGUCCCCAAGGAAAGGGGGGCGGGGGGUCAGCGGGGGAAAGGCAGCACCUUUGCCUACUGGCCAGAGAGGCCGUCCUGUUCUUCACGGUCUACCAUAGGCUGGAUUUUUGACAGAAGAGCUUAAAUUUUUUUUUAAUAGAGCACUUUUUUUCUGCUUCAGCCACCUCUAUGCAGCUGUUAAUUGGGUUGAUGUGAAUGCUGCAGGUAGUGGCUACUGCCUUGGGCUUUUGUUUGGGCAAGGGUCUCCUCACCGUUGCCCCCGUCCUGGGGAGCUGUCUUGAAACGGCCUCUGUGCAGAAACCAGGGUUUCAGGUGGCCCUCUGAAGAAGCCCGUCCGAGAGUGAGUUCUCCUUGAGUCAGGGAGGCCCUGACGGGCAGCUCCACACACACUGUGCCAACCUCCUCACCAGCUCUGAACCUCCCCUGUUCUGCAGCUGCCGAGGAGCUUGAGGCCAUUCUUUCCCGCUUGAGUCAGCCCAUUGCUAAGCAGCAGAUUCUGAUUUAAUUAUGAAUUGCUGGUGACUGUGUAGUUCAUCCUGGAAUUGCAUAGAUCUCUUCCUCCCCAUCGCCCACUCCAUGCGGAAGCAUUUGAGGCAGAGAGUCAGUCCAGCCUUGGGGGAGUAUCCCUGGGGUGGCACAGCUGGUUUGGCUGUUGGCUUGCUGGCAAGGGGCGUCUCCCUGGUCUGGCUGCCCCCCCCCGAUUGUCAGCAUCAAGUGGCGGAUGGACCGCAGAGGCUCCUUGGCUGUUCUUGGCUCUGCUAGUAGAUCGGGCUGAUGCAUUGGCACCCUGCUCUGGGGACAGGCUGAGCACUGGAAUGGCACACUCAGCUGGGUGGCACUCAGGAAGCGUUGAAUCAAGAUGUACUGAUAAAGGGUCCAAUGUCUCUUGACUCGGAAGCACCAGUACAGUAGAGCUUUAGAGACGGACGUGUGGAUGGAAGAACCCGAAGGGAUGUUCCUGAGCUCCAGAACGUGGCAAAAUAAAUGGAGCAAUAUUCUUAGUCACAAGAA